AUGAAAGUGAAUUUGGUCGUCGACAUUUACGAGAAAGAGUGGUUUAAGGAGGGCUGGUUGAGGUUGGGGAUUGUAAACAGUAAAAAAGCAGAAGAGAAAGGCAAACAACGUACACACGAAAAAGUACCUGUAAUUAUCCCUUCACGAUAUCCGUCGUUUAUGUCUUUUGGUCUUGCGGAGGUGAUCGGUGUUAAACUCGCGUCGGCGCAUUUGAAGCGUCUGAACGAACCGAACGGGACGAGAGAAGUGUAA